GGGCGUUCGUUGGGUUAACGGACGCACCUGCUGCGCCGUUCUGUAGGAGGGAGCCGGAGGGGAACUUGGUGAGCUCGUCGGGCGAUGCCGCUGCAGUUGGGGGAGGUUGAAGCCACCCCCCCGGAGGACUGGACCAAAGAUACUUAACCCAAAUGGAUGAUCAGAGCAGGUUGGCAAAAACAAAAUUGGUGUCUCGUCUCCAGCUGCGACCAGAGAAGACAGAAGUACCACAUAUGGUUGAAGGAAAGUACAUUAUGUGUGACCAAGCUGCCAACAUUGAAGAUGAUAACAGUUUACUGCCAUCUUCAGUAGAUAAGAGUCCUACAGCACUCCGUACGGCAGUUUACAGAGGAGACAAAGAAAGGAAAUGUAAAGCAAUAAUAAAGCAAGGAAAUAUGGGUAUUGAAUACAUUUCUAGACUCUCAAGAAAAGAAAGGGAGAGUCCUGAAAUGUCUCAGUGUGAGAGAAUUAUAUUCUCAGAGUUGAAGCGUGACCCUGGAAAAAAACUUUCUAUGAUUCUUGUUCAUGAAGGAGUUCAGCAUGUUACUGGCAUAUCAGCUUCUUUUACCAUAGAUAGAGAAGAUGAUGAUAAAGAGACUGAAAUCCAAACAGUUGCUUCAGAACCAAGUUGCCAUACUAAGAUCUGUAAACAGAAAGUUGGAAUAUCACAUAAUAAACCUAUUAGGGCAAAGGCUUGCUCUUAUGAUACAGCAGAACCAAUUGAUGAUGAUGUGAUUAAGCAUAUUUUGAGGCUGAGGGGCAAACUUGGCUGGCAAACCAUAUUACCACCACAUGGAUUCAGAGCUGAAGAGAUGAAGGCAACUAAAAUUCAGAAGAUUGCACUAGAGAGACCUUUAAUACUGAAAGAUAGUGGAGAAUAUGUAUAUUGUCUCCGGAGAAACAGGAACAACCCUAAGGCUCCCUAUAAUCCGUAUGAUCUUCAAGUUGUCUCUGCAAAUACGGCUAGACAUAAUAAAGAAUAUUGGACUGUUACUGCUUCAUUUGUGUCCAAGUUUUCUGUAGUACACAAAGCAGAAGAAAUGGAAAUAAUUCCUGUAAUAGAAUGGCUGUGUGAAAGACAAUUUUAUUACGCAAUAUGUAAUUUGAAUAUAUUUUCCAGUGUCAGAAUGAAGAAAUAUUUUUUCACUUGGAAAAUCAAUGUUCGAAAAGCUAAGACAACCAAGAGCAAAACAAUGAUGUACGAACAGCUUUUUUUGGCUGAUGAAUUAUUUCUGAGCUGCUUGCUUUAUAUCCAAGGACUAUGUGAAGAUGCAUGUAAUAUUAAUAGAUGCAAAGGAUUAGAAGAUCAUGCCAUUUAUUUGAUAAAGGUGGACAGAUCUCGCACAUAUUCUUUGGAUGAGUUUUGUGAGGAGCAGUAUCAACAGAAUAAAGAAGCACUUCAUCAGCUACAGGCUUUCAGAGAGAAAGUCAUUAAGGCCAUUCAAAGUACUUUUUUAAAGGUGGCAGAAAUGAAGGGAGCUCAAAGUCUUUUUCAGUCUGUGCCAACUCACAAGGAAGAAAAUCCAAAAUAUGCUAAGAUAAGUGAAUGGCGUCAAAUGAUGAAACGCUUUUCAAAAUUUCUUCAGCUAGUGGACAAGAUCUUCCAAGAACUGCUCCGUAAACUAGUGCACAAUGCUGUUCAAUUGCUAUUAGAGUUAUUUAAGGGUUCCAACGAUGUGACCAAUCCAGAUGAAAAGAAGAAUGAAAACCUUAUAAGAAUUUAUAAGAACAUUCUUAUGAGACCAUCUGGACUGUUUGAUGCAGAAUACAAUUUUGUAGGAGCAGAUAAAGAAUUAAUUGGAGAUUUUGAGAGAGCAUCUGAAGAACCAUCUUGCCAUUCAAGGGUGGACAGGCUUUUAAAACCUGAAAUAUUUACUGUAGCUGACAUUGACAAGGUGCUGGAAGAUGUAAAAAAGCAACUGGAAGGAGAGCAACAAUACGCACCAGUAUUUGAAGUAAAUAUAGGUCUAAGAAUUCCUUUAGAAAAUUUUAAUGAUAGGGGCAGCCAUCAGGAGGAUGAUCUGGAGUCCUGUGAGAUGGAAGAUGAUUAUUAUUUUUCACUGACCUCGAUAGAACUUCUGAAGCAAAGGCUGAAAGACAAUGAUAAUGACAAUUUGAAAAAUUGGACCCAGAGUAACAGUAAAUGGGCAUGUGAGGAGUUAUCAGAAAAUACAAAGAAACGAGAGACAUUUAAAUUCAGUCAAGGAAAAACUGCCCUUUUUGCAGGCACUGGAGUCAACCCUGAAUCAGAUAAUAAAGUGGAAUUAAGAAGCAUAUGUUCUUCAUUCUGUGCAGAUAUCUUUUUAAUCCCAAAUAGAAGACAGUUUUCUAAAAAAUUACAAGGAAUUGUGGAUGGUCUAGAAAAUACUACUGCUCAGGUUAUUCCAUUUUGUCGUGAUACUCAUCUGUCAAUCUUCAUCACUCAGUCUUUACAUAAAAUAAUGCAGUCACCUAAACAUUGUACUGAAUUGUGGGAAAAAGAUUAUCUACCACCAUGGCCCAACUGGGAGCUACUUCUAGGAACAGAUUCAUGCUAUCAAAACAAAAUUGUGACUCUUCUGUCUGUUCUUAGUAGUUCAAUGGCACAAGUUGAAUCAUAUAGCAGAAACUUUAUGCGUUACUGUGCCAUAGUGGAUGAUGUGAAAACCAUGAAUAUGGAAAUCUUAGCACUACCAAGGGAAUUAUCACCACAUGAUUUCAGAAGCAUCUUAAAUAAGUAUACAGAUAAUAUAAAAGAGAUUAUAUCCAUGACAGUUGAAAAACGCAUUCAUAUGAUUAAGGUCAGAAGUGUUAACUAUCAGAUGGACUGCCUGCCAUUUUUUGAAACCUUGAUUAAUAUGAUACGUUCAUCUUUGUAUGCAAUCGUUGAGGCAAGGAACUUACAUCUCUUAGAAGUUAUCCAUUCAGCCCUCAGAAAACUGGACAAAGAUCUCACAACAGUGGAAGAAUUUAUUGAGCACUUGACUUUCCUGAGCCAAAUUUCUUCAGAGUUGCCAAUGCUAGAGACUCAAUAUAACACACUUUCUCAAUUGUAUUCUAUUGCAAGAACCUAUGGCUUUUUUAUUCCUGUUGAACAAUUUGCCAUAUAUCAGACCCUUACGCGCAGUCUGCAUGAUCUCAAAUCAAGUAUCUUUAUUAGUGAAAAAGGAAAAAAUGACAAUAUUAUAAAAUUUAGUGCAGAUUUGGAUGGCUAUUUUGGCAACCUGCAAUUUGAACUUAGGAAAUUUAAGAACAAAGUAAGAAAUCCAAUUCUUCUGCUUAGCAAAACAUUGCUUAAGACAGCUAAAGAGAUGAUCCAAAGUCUUGUGGAAGAAGCUGCAGUUAUUUCUAACAAAUCCAGAAGUUAUGCAAAAUACCAGGAUCUCUUUGACAGUUCCAUUGCUGACAUGAGAUCACUUUCAUUGGAAAAGAUGCCGCAGACGAGUCAAGUUGGAGAUUCAAGUUCUCAAAGACUGAAUAAAGAGCUCUCUGAAGUUGAAAGUGAAUUAGCUUUACUAAAACUCUUGUGGGACUCACUGGAGGAAUGGGGGAAGCUUUCUCAUAAAUGGAAAUAUACAUUUUUUGAGAACCUUGAUGUAGAUUUAAUACAAAAGAAUGUUAGCAGACUUAUGCAGAUAGCACAGAUGCUAGAAAAAGGUUUACCAGAAAAUAAUAUUGUAAUAGAUCUGAAGCAGUCACUGAUGGAUUUUAAAGAAGGCUUAUCUGUGAUUGUGUCUUUAAGAAGUCCUUGUCUUCAACCAAGGCAUUGGGAAGCUAUACAAGAUAUUAUUGGAAAAUCCAUUUCUUGGGAUAAAAAGUUGACUCUGGAUGAAGUUCUGCAACUCAAUUUGUUUCAGUACAAGAAAGAAAUAAAUGAUGUAUCAGUAAUAGCAACCAAUGAAGCCAUCCUGGAAGUAAUGCUUAAUAAGAUAAUUAACCUUUGGAAUAAAACUAAUUUCCAUUUGUCUCUUCACCGCUCUGAAACGUCAACUGUCAUGAUUAUUUCAUCUCCUGAAGAUAUUAUGGCUCAGUUAGAAGAAUCUCAAAUAACAAUUUCAACAAUUAAGGGUUCUUGCUAUGUUGGGCCAAUUAAGAAUCUUGUGGAUGCAUGGGACCGUAAGUUAAACCUCUUCUCUCGCACCCUGGAGGUAUGGUUGACUUGCCAAAGGAAUUGGAUUUACCUAGAACCAAUCUUUCACGCUCCAGAAAUACAAAGGCAGCUUCCAGCAGAAGCAAGUCUUUUCUCUCAGGUCAAUAACAAAUGGAAAGAGAUAAUGGAGUGUACAGAGGAUGAUCCAAAUGCUCUUAGGGCAGCUACAGCUGCUGGAGUCCUGGAGAUGCUGCAGACCAACAAUGCACAUCUUGAAAAAAUACAGAAGUCUCUUGAGGACUAUCUUGAGAUUAAACGAAUGGUUUUUCCAAGAUUUUAUUUUCUCAGCAAUGCUGAACUUCUUGAUAUUUUAGCUGAAAGCAAAAAUCCUGAAGCUGUUCAGCCUCAUCUUGUGAAAUGUUUUGCGAAUACCAGGAAGUUACAUAUACUCAGAUAUGACCAGAGCUCUCCAGUGGUGGUGAUGAUCAGUUCUGCUGAAGAAGAGACUCUUUUAGUGCCAAAGAAUAUUCGUGUUAGAGGCCCAGUUGAGCAGUGGUUAGGAAAUGUAGAGAGCAGCAUGUUUGAUAUGGUAAAAAAAUUUGUGAAGAUUGGAGUGAUAGAGUGGAAUCAAAUGGAAUUUAAGCAAUGGUUUCUGAAUCAUCCAGGACAAGUGGUGCUUCUUGUGAGCCAAAUUAUGUUCAGCAAGGAUUGUACAAGAAUUUUCCAGAGUUCUGAUCCAAAAAUGGGAUUGACAAGAGUCCAUGAUGAAUUAGUCCAUCAUCUAGAGCAGCUUGCAGAGAUGGCAUCGGACAUUAUUCAACUUCACAAGCAAACCACACUAGAAGCACUGCUUACUUUGUACAUCCACAGUAGGGACAUACUUUCCAGUCUGAUAGAUAAACAAAUCUUCAAAAUGGAGGAUUUUGAAUGGACAAGGCAGUUGCGUUAUGAAUGGAAUGAAAUGAAUAGCACCUGUAGGAUAGUUCAAGGUAAUGCCUCCUUUGUUUAUGGCUACGAGUACUUGGGCUGUUCCUCUCGAUUGGUUAUUACACCGCUCACUGACCGGUGCUGGUUAACCCUUACUGGAGCACUACACUUGAAUCUAGGAGGCUGCCCUGCUGGUCCAGCUGGUACAGGAAAAACUGAGACUGUCAAAGACCUGUCAAAAGCCAUGGGAAGAUUCUGUGUGGUUUUUAAUUGUUUUGAGAGCAUGGAUUACCAGAUGAUGGGGAAAUUCUUCAGUGGAUUAGUUCAGACUGGAACAUGGUGUUGUUUUGAUGAGUUUAAUCGCAUAGAUAUAGAAGUUCUGUCUGUAAUUGCUUCACAGAUUCAGACAAUCAAGGCAGCAAAAGAUAGCCAUGUUGUCAGAUUUAUGCUCCGUAUCAAUACAUCCUGUGGAAUCUUUAUUACAAUGAAUCCUGGGUACAAAGGCCGUGUAGAACUCCCAGACAAUUUAAAAUCACUAUUUCGACCUGUCUCAAUGAUGGUACCAGAUUAUCAACUCAUUGCUGAAGUAAUGUUAUUUUCAGAAGGUUUCAAAUCAGCAAAGUCACUGUCUGGAAAAUUGGUCAAUCUUUACCAGUUGGCUUGCAAUCAGCUGUCACAACAGGAUCAUUAUGAUUUUGGCAUGAGAGCAAUAAAGACAGUGUUAUUGAGGGCUGGACAAAAGAAAAAAGAAUUAAAAAAACAAAAUGAUGAUACUAGAGUAGAAGAAGAAACUCUCAUUAUAAUCAACUCAUUAAAAGAAGAUAAUUUACCCAAGUUUCUUGCAGAAGAUGUUCCUCUGUUUGAGAACAUUAUGGCAGAUCUUUUCCCAGGAAUUACUGUUCCAAGAGCAAGCACCGUCAAAGUAGAGAAAGCGAUAGCUGUUGCAAUACAACAAUUAUAUUUGCAGCCUUGGGCAACUCAGAUAGAAAAAGUCUUACAGUUUCACAAUCAAAUUUUGGCUCGCGUUGGUGUGAUGUUAGUAGGCCCUACAGGUGGAGGGAAGACAACUAUUAGAACAAUCUUAGAAAAAGCCUUGGUAAUUUUACCAACUGUGUGUUUGGAAAAAAUUUCAAAAAAUGUUAAUGUUUUGCAGUCUUUACCUCAGAAUGCACCAAAGAAAGGAAAAGUGGAUACUUUUGUGUUAAACCCAAAGUGUGUCAGUGUUAGCGAGCUGUAUGGAGAGACUGAUCCUAAUACUAUGGAGUGGGCUGAUGGACUGUUGGCAUCAGCAGUUCGAACAUUUGCAAAACAUUCAACCAAAAAAUCUAAGAAAAAGGAAGCAAACACUGAUGCAACUACAAGAAUCCAGGACUCUUACACUUUGUAUGGAAUGGAUCUAACUGAUGGUGCUGUGUCUGCAGAAAACCAACAAGUAACAGAAUCUUCAGACUCUCGCAGUGAUGCUAUUACUGAUUGGCAGUGGAUAAUCUUGGAUGGACCCGUGGACACAGUUUGGAUAGAAAACUUAAAUACUGUGCUAGAUGAUACAAGAACUCUGUGUCUUGCAAAUAAUGAAAGAAUCUAUUUGCCAUCAGGAAUCAGAAUGAUAUUUGAAACGGACAGUCUUUCUCAGGCCAGUCCUGCUACUGUCAGUCGAUGUGCAAUGGUUUUUGUGGAUCCAACUAAUCUGGGAUGGGAACCUUAUGUAAAAACAUGGCUAUUAAAAGUUUCCAGAAUAAUUACACAAAGUGGUUUGGAGUAUCUUGAAAGUUUAUUUGAAAAAAGUAUGAAAAAAGGACUACAUUUUUUAGAUACAUACAAGAAAAUGCUGCCAUUUCCCGUGCAGCAGAUGCAAAUUGUAAUGAAUCUCUGCAGAAUCCUUGGUGCUUUUAUCGAUAUGAUGAGCAAAAAAGAAGGCUUCUUCCAAAGUGUUGAAAGUCAUCACUAUGUUCCAGGUACUUCAAAAGUACUCCAGGCCCAGUACCUCAGCUCCCAACUAACAGUUGAAGCCAAAGCAGUGAUUUCAAAGGCCUCAGUAGCAAAGAAAAGGGAAGAUCAGAAAUCAUUUUUGGAAAAGUAUCCUGACAAGUUGCCAUCAUUGUUAGGGAAACUCUAUGUCUUUGCAUUUACUUGGGCAGUUGGAGGAGUUUUAAGACGAGAAACUGAUUAUGAGGAGGAAUCCCUGAUUGGCAUAAAUACCACAGAUGAGUCUCUUGUAAAUGUAACACGUGGUUUCAGUAACUUUGUUCGUGAUAUAUUUGAAGGAGAACCACCUAUUGGUAUUCAGUUCCCAGCUGGAAACAGGUUUAUCUUUGAGUAUUUUGUGGAUUUACAAACAUGUGACUUUGUACCAUGGACAGACUUAGUUCCUACCACACAGUUUCUAAUUCAGCAAGAUACAUCAUUUUCUGAUUCUCUGAAAUCUGAGAGUAAAGAAGUAACCCCUGGAAGAAGAGAUACUCUAACGUUUAUUCCUAAUAUGGAUACAACUUGCUAUACUUUUCUAACAAGUCUUCUGUUGCUGAAUAAACAUCCAGUACUUAUCACAGGAGACUCCGGUAUUGGGAAGACUGUCAUGAUUCAGAAUAUGCUUGAAAGACUUCAAAAACAAGGGGGAUUAUUCGUAAAAACAGGAACAAUUUUAGGAGAUGUCAUCUUACAUAAUGAAGCUAAAAAAGCAAGUAUGUUAAAGAAUUCCAGUUACUUAACAAUUGAUAUGCUUCAUGGUGUUCAGAAGAGAGUGUGGUCGACCACUGAAGACUCAGAUCUGAAGUCAACCAAGGGGCCAUAUUUUGCAAAUGAUGACAUUGAUCCAUCAUCAGAAAAAAUCAAGGGUAUAAUAGCCUCCACAAUACAGUGUGGUGCCCACACCAGUGCUGCCCAAAUGCAGGCAUGGAUUCGUCAGAAAUUAAUACUGAAAAGCAAAGAUGCUCUUGGUGCACCAAAAUCCAAACAGGUGAUAGUGUUUAUUGAUGAUGUGAAUAUGCCAAUACCAGAGGAGUAUGGUGCCCAGCCACCACUUGAAUCAGUCAGACAAUUUUUAGAUUUAGGAGGUUUUUAUGACACUAAGCAACUUGCAUGGAAGAAUAUCCAGGAUGUCUCAUUGGUUGCAGACUGUGCUCCUCCAGGUGGUGGACGAAAUGAGAUUAGUCCACGUCUUCUCAAACACUUUUGCCUGUUGGUUCUGCCUCAUCCUUCUUUACAAUCCUUGGAACGUAUUUUUCAGGUUCAUCUGGGAACAUACCUAUAUAACAACAGAUUCUUAUCUGAAGUUCAGAAAUGCAAUGACUUUCUAACUACCUCUUCCAUAGCUGUAUACUAUAGAAUGUGCCGCAGCAUGCUCCCAACACCAGCUAAGUGCCACUAUACAUUUAAUCUACGAGAUCUUUUCAAGGUGCUCCAGGGAUUGUUGCAAGCCCACAGAUCUGUUAUUGUCUCAAAAGAAACUGCAGCUCUUCUCUUUGUACAUGAAACAACACGAGUAUUCCAUGAUCGCCUGAUUGAAUCUGCUGAAAGAGAAGCAUUUUAUCAGUUUCUCUCAAAUGAGCUAUAUAACUAUUUUAAGAUCAUGUGGACCAAAGAAAAAUUGAUGGAGGAGUCUACCAUAUUUGUGGAUUUUCUGGAUAGGAACACAUCUCUUGGAAGUAAAAUCUAUCGAAACAUCACUAACUAUAAAAAACUUGUUUCUGUCUUGGAAGAAUUCCAAAUAAAAGUGAAUUCAACAAAUACUAAGACUUCAAUGGUGUUCUUUAAGGAAGCUGUAGAACACAUUACAAGGGCUGCUAGAGUCUUUCGACAACCAGGCGGCCACAUGAUGCUAGUUGGCCUGGAUGGAAAUGGGAAAAUAACCUGUGCGACCCUAGCCUGUUAUUUAUCAAACUGUAGUCUCUUUAGAUUGUCUGUUACCCAAAGUUACAGCUACUCAGAUUUCAGGGAGGACCUGAAAAAAGUCUAUAUACAAACAGGGCUGGAGGGCCAGAACACUGUUUUACUCAUCACUGAUUCAGAUAUAGUUCAGGAUUCUUUUUUAGAACAUUUGAGCUGCAUUAUGAAUUCUGGAGAAGUGUUUGAUUUGUUCGAUAAGGAAGAGUUGGAAGAUAUUGUUGUGAAGCUUACAGCUGUUGCUGAAAAGGCUAACUGCUCUAAUAGCAGAGAAGAUAUUCUUUCAUUCUUCCUGCAGAGAGUGCAUAGCAAGCUUCAUAUUGUUUUGGCAACAAGUCCUGCAGGAAUUAACUUCCGUCAACUUUGUCGGACAUAUCCUGCCAUUGUUAAUUGCUCUACAGUGGAUUGGUAUGACAGUUGGCCUGAAGAAGCUCUCCUUCAUGUUGCAAAAUGCUACUUCAGCGAUGAGGACAUUUUUAAUAGUGAGAACUUAACAACCAUGGUUGCCCAGGUAUGUGUUGAAAUCCACAAAAGUGCCACUUCAACAAUUGAGAAAUAUUUGAAGGAAACUAAAAGGAACUACUACGUCACUCCUAAUAGUUAUUUGCAGUUCAUAGGCACCUUUUCAAGCAUAUUAGAGAGGACAAAAAAGAAAAGUCUGUCUAACAGGGCUUGUUUUUACAAUGGUCUGACCAAGCUCCUCGAAGCAACAUCAUUGGUCACAGAAAUGCAAGAAGAGUUGUGUGUCCUUGGCCCUCAAAUAGAGCAAAAAUCAAAGGAGAUAGAAGAACUUGUGGAAAAACUUCAUAGAGACUCAAUAGUAGUGGAGCAGGUUCGAACCCUUGUUAAACAGGAUGAAGAAAUAAUGGCUGAAGAAACAAAAGUUGUAGAAGAAUAUGCCCAGAAAGCAACUGAAGAGCUAAAUGCUGUAAUGCCAGCUUUGGAAAAAGCCCUCACAGCUCUAGAUUCAUUGGACAAAGCUCACGUUGCAGAACUCAGAGUAUAUACUCAUCCUCCUCCUCUUGUACUAACUGUUAUGAAUGCAGUUUGCAUUCUUCUGCAAAAGAAACCUAGUUGGGCAACAGCAAAACUCCUCCUUGCUGAUCCAGGAUUCCUCAAAAAAUUGGUUACUCUGGAUAAAGAUAAUUUACCAGAAAAGGUGUUUCUGCAAUUGAAAAGAUAUGUAAAAUCACCUGAUUUUAGCCCAUCGAAAGUGGGACUAGUUUCUAUUGCCUGUUGCUCCAUGUGUAACUGGAUUAUAGCUUUAGAUCACUACCAUGAAGUACAAAAGUUGGUGGAGCCAAAAAAAAUCCGGGUUACAGAAGCUCAGGAAGUACUAAGACUUGCCCAUCAAAAACUCGAUGAAAAACAAAAAAGUCUGGCCCUGAUUGAAGAACAUGAACAGAAUUUAGAGGCAAGCUAUCAAGAGAGCAUAGCCCAGAAAGAAGUGUUAGCAACUCGAAAGCAAGUGGCAACUCAGCGUCUACACAGAGCAUCUAUAUUAAGCACAGCUUUGGAGAAUGAGAUGGAUCGAUGGAAAGAAUCCAUUAAAAACCUGGAUGAAAAGCUGCAAUGUAUUAUGGGUGAUGCCCUUGUUUCAGCAGCAUGCAUCAUCUACAGUGGAGUAUUAUCAGCAGGAUAUCGACAGCAGCUAGUAAAUGAAUGCUUGAGAUUGUGUAAUAAGAACAUCAUUCCUGUGUCUCCAAAUUACUCCCUAAUAACAGCUAUGACAGAAAAAAAUGAGAUCAGUAAAUGGCAAAAGGAAGGUUUGCCUCUCGACCAGUACUCCAUUGAAAAUGCUAUCCUUGUUAAGAAUGGACAACGAUGGCCUUUACUAAUUGAUCCACAGAAACAGGCUUAUAAAUGGGUUUGUCAAAUGGAAGGUAAUGGGCUACGACAAAUUCAUGCUUCUGAUUCCAGUUACUUAAGAACUUUAGAAAAUGCCAUGCGAAUUGGAGACUCCAUUCUGCUACAGGAUCUUGCUGAAACUGUGGAUUCAAAUUUAAAGUCAAUCUUAAAAAGGGAACUCUACAAUAGACAAGGUAAAGACUUCAUCAGGAUUGGAGAUGCUGAAAUUGAAUACAACCACAACUUUAGGUUAUACAUGACAACACAAAAAGCCAACCCACAUUUCCUCCCUGCAGUUUGUAACAUGGUCACAAUGAUCAACUUCACUGUAACAUUCCAAGGUUUGCAAGAUCAACUUUUGUCAGCUGUAGUAAUUUAUGAAACACCCCAGUUAGAGCAACAGCGUUACGAGUUAUUGGAGAGUAUCUCUGCUGACCAAAUUACACUGCGAAAAUUGGAACAAAAGUCACUUGAACUGCUUCAGAAAACAGAAGGACACUUAUUAGAUGACCAAGAUCUCAUUGACAACUUACAAAGAACAAAAGUUACUUCAAAAGAGAUUUUUGAACGUAUUGAUGCAUCAGCAAAAACAGAAGCCACGAUUGAAAAAACACGUAAAAACUAUCUCCCUAUUGCAACUCGAGGUGCUGUGCUAUAUUUUGUAGUGGCAGAUCUUAUUAAGGUCAACUGUAUGUAUCAGUUUUCAUUGGAGUGGUUCCAUAAGAUCUUUGUAGAAUCUAUGGAUUCUGUGAAUAAACUGCAAAGUCAGAUUUCUCUGUCAGAUUCAACUUCUUCUGUAUGUGGAACAGUACGAGCCCUUAGCAGGCAGAGAAGAAGGCAUUUCACCCAAGAGCACUGGGAAGAAUCUGAGAAUGAGACAGACAGCUUUAACAGUCAUCUUAAAGAUAUAAUUGAUAUGUUAAUGAGUAAUGUUUAUAAGACAGUUUCUUCUGCCCUCUUCACUGAAAAUCAACUCUGCUUCUCCUUCCUGCUUUGCACUAAGAUCAUGCAGAGUAACUAUGGUGAAAAUCAAGCCCUAGACAAACUUGGAUUUCUACCUGAGAAUGAGUGGAACUUCUUCCUCUACUCCAGCAUGUUGGCAAAUAUUAUGGAUAAAAAGUCAGAAUCGAAAAAUAAUGAUCCAUAUGUGUUUAAUAAAACUCCUUGUCUCUGGAUUACUGAAUCCAUGUGGAAGGAAUGUCAGUACAUGAGCACUCACAUGCAACCUUUCAAUUUCUUGUGUGAAUCCCUUGCAUCAAAUUCUCAACAAUGGAGUUCUUUCCUAAACAGUGAUAACCCAUAUUAUUUACUCAGUACAUGUUACAGGCCAGCAGCAUCACAGCAAGAUUCAGGCCUGCAAUCAGAGACACUGAAAGAAAAAAUUGGACUUGAGAGUGCUGUGGUAGAUUUUCACUGGGAGAAUCUUUCUUCAUUUCAAAGAAUUAUAUUGAUUAAAAUUCUCAGACCAGAAAGUUUAAAUAGUGCAGUGCGAGAGUUUGUUACUGAGAAAUUAGGAGCCAGAUAUCUUCAGAUUGGAGGGAUUAACUUGAAAGAAGUGUAUGAAGACUCCAAUGCCAGCACUCCAUUAAUACUUAUUCAUUCUCAUGGAACAGACCCAGCAGCCCAGCUUCUGCGCCUUGCACAGGAAAUAAAAGGAAACACACAGCAUGUGAAAAUGGUUUCUUUGGGACGUGGUCAGGGAACCAAAGCUGAAGAUUUGAUACAUAAAGCACAGUUAUUUAGUGGACAAUGGGUUUUCCUCCAAAAUUGCCAUCUUGCGACAUCAUUUAUGCCCAGGCUUAGUGAUAUUGUUGAUUCAUUUACUCAGCCAAACAUAAACAUGGAUCCUCAAUUUAGACUAUGGUUAAGUUCCACGCCUGAUCCUUCUUUCCCCAUAUCUAUCCUGCAAAAAGGUUUUAAGAUGGCAAUAGAACCACCUCAGGGUCUGAAGGGAAAAUUACUUCAGACAUUUGGAUAUAGUGGCAGUGGAGUAGUAACAGAAAUGAUCUUCAACAAGGCCGAAUGUGGCUUAUCAUGGAAGAAGCUGCUGUUCAGCCUGUGUUUCUUCAAUGCUGUAGUCCAUGAAAGAAAGAAAUAUGGAGCUUUGGGCGUUUCCAUACAGAUGUUGGGGAUGCUUCUGGCAAACCACAAAGAGAUUCCUUGGCCAGCAAUAUGUUAUAUGACUGGAGAGGUAGCCUAUGGAGGUCGUGUGACUGACCACUGGGACCGUCGUUGUUUGCUCAGCAUUCUGAAUAAUUUCUAUAAUCCUGCUGUAUUGCAGGAGGAUUUCGUUUACACUAUUGACGGGAUAUAUAGACCCGUGUCUGCCACAGAUAGCUUACAAGACUGUAGAGCCUAUUUAGAGUCUCUGCCAGACACUGAUUCCCCAGAGCUAUUUGGAAUGCAUACCUGUGCUGAAAGAGCAUUUCUGGAAUCUCAGGCACAAACCUUUAUUGGUACCAUUGUCAGUAUGCAGCCAGGAAUCAGCAUGGACACAAUCAUCAGUGGUGGAAAGAGCCAGGAUGAAUUAGUACUGGAAAUGGCAUCGGACAUUCUAAGGCAGCUACCACUCACUGUAGAGGAACAAGAUACAGAACUGACACCUGGAACUGAACAUUCCUCCAAAAUUAAAACAACACUGGGAAGCAUAAUGUCGGGACCCAUUUGGGCUGCUCUUGCAAAAGAUGCUAGAGGACAUGAUCCUUUUAUCAAUUCAGCUUUGCUAACUGUUCUUCGCCAGGAGAUCGAUCGAUUUAAUCAUUUAUUGUCUGUAAUAACCAUGUCACUGCAUUCACUUCAACAAGCUAUGAAGGGGGAGAUUAUCCUCACUACAGGGUUAGAAGAACUUCAUAACUCAGUUUUGAAGUCCAAGGUGCCUGAAUUCUGGCAGGAAACGCAUAUCACAACACUAUUAAAAAUGUGUGGGUUGUUUCUGAGUGUUUUUUCAAAAAGGCUUGUAAUCUACAUUUUCUUCAUUGCUACUUUUCAGGCAGUGACUCCCUUCUGUAGUGUAGUUCCAGUUUAUAAACUGACUGUAGCAGUAUUUGUUUUUUUCCCGAAAAUGAAAUUCUGCUUUUUCUGUCAUUUGCGACAGCCAUAUUCCUAUAUGUCAGUUAAGUCUUUGGGAUCAUGGAUCGAUGACCUUAUUGUUCGAGUGAAUUUCUUUGCAGUUUGGGCAAGCCAGGCCAUCACCAGCAUACAGUUAAGGUAUAACAACAUAAUGAUGCUUCAGAAACAAGCCAAACCAGCUGGGAUCUCAUUUUCAUCACCAACUGGCGAGAAACCCAAUAUAUCCACCAACAGCAUUCAAGGACAUCCCAGCCGCUUUUGGCUUUCAGGUUUUUUUUUCCCACAAGGGUUUCUUACUGCUGUGCUUCAGGACUAUGCACGUCAAAAUGGAAUCUCAGUAGAUUCUCUUACUUUUGGCCAUAGCCUGCUUCCCACAAGUCAUGAGGAGGAGAGCAAACUCAUAGCAGUUAAAAGAAAACAAAAUAUAAUACAGACUGCUUUUAAGGUAAGACUCCUAAUAGCAUCUAGAAAACAAACUGUAAAUGUGGCAGAAACCAAGGUUAAUGAUAAAACAGAGGUUUGUCACUUGGUAACUAGUUUGUUCUGCUACAGUUUCAUUCUUUCCCACCCCCAAUAUUUAAAACAUGCCAGUACCUUCUCUGCUAGAAGGGCCCUGUUAGACUCUCAAACUGAGGGAUCUCCCCCACCUGAACAUGGUGUUGUAGUUUUUGGUUUAUAUAUAGAUGGUGCACGAUGGAAUCCUACUACAUCUGUGCUAGAAGAACCCUUUCUUUCUGACCGAUUUUAUUCACUCCCUGAAAUGGUGUUUUUACCACAACAGGUUAUUCAAGCAAGACACACAUGUCUAGAUGAAGAACAAAGAGAACUGAUGCAUUAUGAAUGUCCACUUUACCAGACUCCUCAAAGAUCUGGAAUCUUGUUAACUACAGGUCUGUCUACUAACUUUGUAACAACACUCAGUCUUCCAACCUUGAGAACUCCCAGUCAUUGGGUUACAAGAGGGGUUGCAAUGUUAUGUCAACUGGAUGACUGACUAAAAUUAGAAAAAGAAAUUAGUUAUCCAUUUCUUUCAUGAAACCACCUUAUCUGCUGUAGAACUAAUAUUGGGGAGUAUAGUGGUUUCAAAAGUAUUAGCACUAUUUUCAGUCAACUAUCUUCAUCAUAUUUGUACAACACAACGUACUAUCUUCAGCACACCUUGAAUAAAAUAAAUCUUAUUUAAAAUUCAAUAGUUUAAUUUUGAAAUGUAGAGCAUGACAUUUUCUUCCUGUUUUGGAUACUGGAGUGCGUGUGUGAAUGUGUAAAAACCAAUGUAUUCAUCCAAAUCUCAAACACACUAUCGCUCUGGAGGGUAGACAGAAAAGUAGUACUGUCAUUUAAGCUUAAUAUUUUAAUUAAAGAACACAGUUGUUACCUGCUCCAAUGAGAAGAGCUUUCACUAGUAUUGACAUGUAUGCCUCACUUCCACCUAUGGUAGGUAAAAGUGUUUUACCCAAGUGUGGUAGUUAAUGUGCUUGUCGUCCGAAGUUAUCAGAGCUUUCCAUCAGCGACCACUUCAAUAGAAGACUUUGCAAACAGAAUUUAGUUCUAUUGGUGAUGCACAAGAGUAAACAAAACAAAAACCUUUUGUCCUAAUAUAUCAAGAACACACACAAAUUUAAUUCUGUUUCCUCGUGCUUUGGAAUUGGGAGCAGUGUUUGGUACCAGAUUCUUCUUACGCAGUAGUACUCUGACUAAUGUUCAAGGCUGGGCCUCUCUCCUUCUCUUGCAAGGAUGUCUUACCCUUUCAGAGGACGUUAAAAGGCCCUAUUUCAUGGGCAACCUCCCCAUCAAUGUAUUGCAAGGUUAGAAAAAAUCUCAUUCCCAUGUAAAAUAGCAUUGUUUUCUUAAAUAUGCAAUUAAAUACAUAAAUAAGUGAUCAAAAUGUACAUUCUACCACUUUUAAAACAUUUUAUUUUAGCUUACAGAUCUGUAUAAAAAUUCUACUUAACUUUACAUCAAAAAUAUAAGCAUACAGAACAAGUUGCAGUUGGUAUAUAUACCCAUGUCUCUGAAGAACAGAAGCAGACUGUAAAAAGGUUGCUCUAGUUUAUUUUUCAGUAGCAUAAUUUAACCUCAUUAAAAUUAGUGGUACUUGCAACCAUAUCUGUUUUUUCCAAGAAUCAAAAUAUUUGGUGUUCAAAUAUUCUUCCGACAACAGCAACAACACAGAUCUGGUGAAGCUGUCAUGAUCACGUUGAAUGUUAUGCUAUAUUCACUUCAAAUGUAAAUCGUCACUAAAAUGGCUCAGACAAAAUAGCGCUUUAAAAAAAUACUAGCUUUCAGUUUAUCACUAUUUUUAAAAUAUUCAACUAUUCAGUAUUUUUUUUAAUUGUAAUUUAAUAGGAACCCUGACUAUGGAGUAUUUCUUUUCCCUCCACAAUGCAAUUAAUAUUCAAAACCAGUAAAUUUAGUAAGUCAAGUAUCUGAAUAAAGCUACCAACUGUAAAGACAAGAAGGACAAUCCUAGUUCCCCAGGGUUCAUUAAUGCAAAAUUACUUCACCACUCUCCUUGCCUUAUUAAGAUUAACCUACUUACAGUUAAUGAAAUAAAAAUUUAAUCUUAGCAGUGGGAAAAAAUUCCAUUCUUAGGAUAUAAAAACAUAACUGAAGUAGCUAAAAAUAGACACACUAGAUUAAAAAAGUCAAAUAUAUACAAAAAUAUAUUAGAAUGUGGCAAAGAUUCAUGUAAAAAUUGAUUUAAAUAGAAAUAUUGAAAAAAGUUAGCUAUCUGCAACAGUACAAAAGGCAAAACCUACAUUUGAGGUAGCAAUGCCAGAUUCACAAACUUUGGACUGAAUAUAUUUUCUACAUUUUCAUAGCAUAUUUGUCAACAAUAUUUAAAUGAACACUUCAAUUUAUUUUUUAGACAAAUCAAUACAUUACUUUACAAAACCCUUAUGAACGUUUUAAAAAAUAAUACUGGAAAUGGUUUUAGUUUCUUCUGGCUCCUAAAAAAAAGCGGUCGUAUCUCACAUUCUCAAACACUGUACAGCAAAAACAUAAAGGUUUUAUAAUACAGUCAAUGGAUCCUAUGGUACAUUAAAAACUAUUUUACACAAGACAGAGCAAAUACACUGUAGCUAUUUUAUUUCUUAGUGUGUACUACACACCA